CACAGUGUUACAUAAGAACAACUGUGUUUUGGAACUUGAAAUAAUAUUUAUGUUUUACUAAUACUUACUAAAGUUGAACUAAAAAUGACUAUGAUAUAGUAGAUUAUUUACUGUAUUUUACUAAAUAAGAAGACCAAAGGAAAUGUUUAAUUCUUUUGUGUUAGGCAAGCAAUGAUAUUCCAUCAAAAUUAAAUUAGGGAUUUUCAUAAGUAGUGAAUUGGUGUUCAGACUGUAUACCGCUUGAGAUAACAAUUAUUAAUUAAUAUUGCAAUUAAUCUAUACUAUCUGUCAUUGCAACUGCUGCACAUGUAUAUGCUCCAUAUAACUUGAUACAUUUUGUUUUAAUCAGUUUUUUUUCUUUUGAUGUUAUUGCUGAAAGUAUCAUCAAUGCUAAUUUUUGGUCUCUGUGAAAUGGGACUGACCAAACAACGAGAAAUCAGAGACUGUUGUGCUCACAUCUUUCCAGAGACCUACUCCAUCAACACCCUGGAUCAAGCACUCAAUGGGUGGACUGAGCCGACAGAGCACAGGACGAGAGAAUGGAAACGUUGUGUUUACAUCAACAAUGCUUGGUGUUCAAUCGCAGUCAAAGUGGAUUGACACUGUUUCAUUUUAUAUAAUGAUGAAACCAUAUCAUCAUCACUAUGUUGUUGCUGUUGUUUACAUUCCUCCAGACUGAAAUUCAAAAGAUGCACUGUAGAAUUAUGUCCUAGGUGCAUACAUGUAUGUAUAUAUGUAUAUAUGUAAAAAUUGUUUCAUCUUAUUUUAAUUAUCAUUUUCUAUGUGUAUGAAAGAACUGCAAACUUUCAUUUCAUUCUAUAACCUUGUGUUAUGUAAUGAUAAAAAUAUUUCCUUGAUUCCUUAACAUGUUUCUUUAUUGUACUGCCAUGAUUUUCUGCCACUUUAAUUUCCCUGCACAUGCACAUACUUAUCAUACCUAUACUUAUUUUGUCUAAUCUUUGCUAAUAUCGCUCUGUGGAGGUAAAGGCACAACUGUUUUGAAGGUGGCCAUCACACAACACUUAUUACAUUCACUUCCGGGCAGAGGAUCAGAAAAUGUGACUACAUCCAUAUGUGUGGCAUUUUUGCAAAGUUUAAGCUCUGUAAAUUCGUAAAGUGUUACAUCUACUGCCCCUCACUCCUAUAAAUCUAGGCCAUGUCUUUAUAUUGUUUUAUGUAGAAUAAUCACAUCAGGUACUGGCAAUGCAUAAAAAGGCAGUCUUUUCUACCAAGCAUGAUGUGCUUCAUCUAUAGCUCCACACAGCCAGUGUGGGAUAGUUCAACAGGGUAAUCCUGGGCUGUGGACAUUAGGUGAAGUGUACACCAUCCUUUUUCAAUGCAUGGUGCUGACUCAAGCAGUCUGCUGAACAGUAUCAAAUCAUAUCAUACCAUUGGUAGUUGCUUCAUAUAUAUCUUUAAUGUAUGGGGUUGUUGCCAAUGCAUGGAAAUGCACAUCUGUAGUUAACUGAAUUGAUUGCAUCAGCACAUCAUUUACAUGAUACUAUGAGACAGUAACACAUUCAAGUAAAUUAAUCUUCAAAACCAUGUGAUACAGUCACCUGCAUUUCUACUGUCCCAUGAUGAAAGGGGUAAAAUAUAAAUGCCAGGCCUCUCACAGUAUAACUCACUUUAGUGCACUGCACACUUAAAGCUGUCUGAGGGAAACAUAUAUCCAUAAUGGGUCCAGAAGAGAAAGCUGCUGUAAUAUUUAAUACCACAUUUGUUCACCCUGUAAAAUUCUAUAUCAGUGGGUUUUCCAACAUCCCUCAUGUUAAGUAUUUCUAUGUGUUCCUGUGCUUUGUUUAUAUCAUGACUGUUCUUGGAAAUGGCUUCCUUAUCUCAGUUAUUUACCUGGUCAAGACUCUCCAUACUCCUAAAUACAUGAUUGUGUUUAACCUGGCUUUGACAGAUUUGUGUGGGAGCACAGCUCUCAUCCCAAAACUCUUAGACACAUUUUUGUUUGACAGGAGAUACAUUUUCUAUGAGGCUUGCAUAAGUUAUAUGUUCUUUGUUUUAUUCUUUGGAAGUGUGCAGUCAUGGACACUUGUCACAAUGUCAUAUGACCGAUUUAUAGCCAUUUGCUUCCCUUUAAGGUACCAUAGUAUUGUGACUAAACCAGCUAUUGCUGCAAUGCUGUUUUCUGUGUGGGUUUUCGUAUUAAGUGUAAUUGGGUGCAUGGUUGGGCUUAUUGAUCGCCUCUCCUUCUGUAGCUCUUUGGUGGUAAAAAGCUUUUACUGUGAUCAUGGACCAAUAUUUCGUCUGGCCUGUAAUGACACGUCUUUGAAUUACAUAAUGGGAUAUGUUGCUUUUAUUGUAAUCCUCUGUAUUCCUCUUGUAUUGAUAGCAUUAACAUAUGUUUGCAUUUCCAUAGAACUGAGCAGGAUUGCAUCAGGAGAGGAACGACUUAAAGCUAUGAAAACUUGUACUUGUCACUUGAUUCUUGUGGCUGUUUUCUUCCUACCAAUUGUGGGAACCAACAUAGCAACAGUGUCCUCCCAAAUCCACCCUAAUGCCAGGAUCAUAAACUCUACUUUGACACACACCAUACCAGCUUUACUCAAUCCUAUUAUCUACUCUUUAAAGACAGAAGAAGUGCUGAACUCUAUCAGGAAGCUUUGUAACAUAAAUAAGAUUAGCAACAAAACGUCCAAAAACGUAAACACUUUAUCUCUGCUCUAUUAACACAUUAGGGAGUGUUACAUAAACGCUUGUAACUUUUUGCAAUUAACAACUUAUUAAGUACCUCAAUUUAAUUUGUAAAUGACUAUCGUGUCAUAAUUGUUAUUUACAAUAUUUUUCUAAAUAAGUAAAUUGUUUCAUUGUAUUGCAUUAGCCAUAAAAUGAUAUCCUGUAAAUAAAAGAUUUCCAUAUGUAGUGAAUUGGUUUUUAAACAAAUAAUUUAUUUUAAAAUACAUGAUUGUAAAUCUAUGAAUGGCUUAGCUCCUUCCCACAUUGUUGUAAUAUGCUCACUAAUCGGCCAACAGAUCCCUUAAGGACAGGUCUCCUUCUAUACCUGUAAUAAAUUGUAAAUCUGUUCAUGGCAUCUGUGGUUCUCUAACACAUGGACUAAGGUCUGCUACAAGUUUCUUUAAAAAGUAAAAUACUAAAUACAUAUAUAUUUUUUCUCAAGCUUUUAAUAAUGAUUUAAAUGGUAAAAGUGGUAAAACGGUAAACCCAAUUUAUAUUAGAAUCAGUAUUAUUAUUAUUAUAUUUUAUUAAUAAUAAUAAUACUUUCUUAUCUUAUUCCCUUUUUAUUGUGAAACCUUAUUUAUUGUUAAGGGUAUCUUACAUGUUUUUAUGUUUUUCUCAUGUAUGAAUUACAUAGUUUUUGUUUUUUAUUUUCUUAUUUUGAAGUAGAUUGUCGUAUGAAGUGUGUUAUGUAAAUAAACAUGACUCGACCUGACUGUACACUGGUGGAAAUAAUUAUUUGGGAAUUAUCUGCAACUCUGUUCUCUAUAGACUUUGUAGAUAAUAUAUGUCAUACAGUGUCAAAAGAUUAAGCAUGUAAAAGUCUCAUACAGAGAUGAAUGCUUGCCUCACCAAAUAUCAAUCCCCCCAUCAAUGUUUCUGUCUAUU